CCCGCAUUUGCAAAUAGUAGCAGACACUACGGUUCCAACAUGGUCUUUUGAUCUCGGAGCAUCCCGUUUUGAUUCCCUUCGGCGUCUUACUGAUGCUUGGCUGCACUUGAAUAAAGAACCCUUCAAGUAGCACUAAUCACCACCAAACAUGAGGUUCCUGUGGUCCCUGUUCUUCCUUCUGUGCCUUCGUGUCCUACCCAACACCGAGGCCAAAUACCAGAUCUCCGACGACAAGACGUUGCAGCUCCCACCACCAUUGGCAGGCAAGAUGCCCAAGAACUCUGUAACAAGCUCAGGAGGGUUCAGCACAAAGGUUGGCCAUAACUGUACUUGGGGUACGUCUGGGGAGGGCGUGGUGAAUCUGCUGGUCAGCUGUAACUCCGGGGCGCAGACCUACUGGUGCCGCUACACUGGACAGCCAGACUUGUGCCAAGCCUACAGUGACAGGAAGGCACAGGUCAAGCACUGGAAACAACUGGUGGGCAAGCUGAAGAAGAGGAACAACGCGUGCAAAGGGGAGAAAGUGCUGAAGACCCCCACCUGCAAGGCCCCCAUGGACUCCCACAUGAAACUCAAAGAGAAGGGGAACAGUGGAGGAGAGAAGGAUCCAUUGCCCCUGGCUCCUGAAAUGGUAGAGAAGGAGGAGAAGAAAGAGGAUAGGACUCUGUUGGAGGAGAGGAAUUGGGAUGGAGAGAUAAACGACAUGGAGCCAGUGGAGAAUUACUGUGCCGAGGGAUGGCAUUCUGUCUGUUCUUUCUUUGUAAGCUUUUUUGAAGGUUAAAGUCUUUAAGUGUUUCUAAGGUUAAACAAAGGACAAAUCUGAUAAACUCAGUUGGUUGAAAAACUCCACCUCUAUAUCUGGGCUUACUUCUUUGCUAUGUAAACAAAAAUGGUUUGUCUGAAGCGAUAUAGAGACGAAAUAUAGGCUUCAUAGGAAUGUUUUGGGUUGUGUAUUUUAUUGUGAACUAAUAUUUGCUAUUGUUCUUUUGUAGUCACUAGACUUGUAUCAGAUUUCUAUUUUUGAACUUUAACACAGCAUACAAAAUUACACCUGUGAAUGAACUGUACUAUAUAAAUAUUCAACAUUUGUUUUAUUAGUUUAAUAAAUGAUCACAGAUGAUAUGGUUAUUUUUGAGAAGCAGUUAAUUAGAAGGACUAUAUGGAUGAUAUAGUUAUUUAUAUUGUCAAGUUGGGGAAAUACUGUAAUACUUGAUACAAAAUUGCAAUAGUAUUGACAAGAUCUUUGUGCUGUGGUGUAUACACUUGAGGAUAACAAAUUAAUGGUAAUGAGCAUGAAUAGAAUAAUAUUGAGAACCUUUCAUGUUUUUUCCCCAUAGUUUAUCCCUUGAUAUUAGUUGCCAGAAAAUAAA